UAUUUGGACUUUGAACCCCAUGCUCCACCCCUGCACCCCCAGCCAGGCUGGUAUUUAAGGAGCCCUCUCCCCCUGGCACUCUGUCCCAGCCGCAGCUGACACCGCUUGACCAUUACCUUACCCCCACGUCAGGUCAUCACACCCUAAGCCGCCACCAUGUGCGACGAUGAUGAGACUACCGCCCUCGUGUGCGACAACGGCUCUGGCCUGGUGAAGGCUGGCUUCGCCGGAGAUGACGCUCCCCGCGCCGUCUUCCCCUCCAUCGUGGGCAGACCUCGUCACCAGGGUGUGAUGGUGGGUAUGGGUCAGAAGGACAGCUACGUGGGUGAUGAGGCCCAGAGCAAGAGAGGUAUCCUGACCCUCAAGUACCCCAUCGAGCACGGCAUCAUCACCAACUGGGACGACAUGGAGAAGAUCUGGCACCACACCUUCUACAACGAGCUGCGUGUGGCCCCUGAGGAGCACCCCACCCUGCUCACUGAGGCCCCCCUCAACCCCAAGGCCAACAGGGAGAAGAUGACCCAGAUCAUGUUUGAGACCUUCAACGUUCCCGCCAUGUACGUGGCCAUCCAGGCUGUGCUGUCUCUGUACGCCUCUGGACGUACCACCGGUAUUGUGAUGGACUCUGGUGAUGGUGUGACCCACAACGUGCCCAUCUAUGAGGGUUACGCUCUCCCCCACGCCAUCAUGCGUCUGGAUCUGGCCGGUCGCGACCUGACUGACUACCUGAUGAAGAUCCUGACUGAGAGAGGCUACUCUUUCGUCACAACUGCUGAGCGUGAGAUCGUGCGUGACAUCAAGGAGAAGCUGUGCUACGUCGCCCUGGACUUCGAGAAUGAGAUGGCCACCGCCGCCUCCUCCUCCUCCCUGGAGAAGUCCUACGAGCUGCCCGACGGCCAGGUCAUCACCAUCGGUAACGAGAGGUUCCGCUGCCCCGAGACUCUCUUCCAGCCAUCCUUCAUUGGUAUGGAGUCUGCUGGAGUCCAUGAGACCGCCUACAACAGCAUCAUGAAGUGCGACAUUGACAUCCGUAAGGACCUGUACGCCAACAACGUCCUGUCCGGUGGCUCCACCAUGUACCCUGGUAUUGCUGACCGCAUGCAGAAGGAGAUCACAGCCCUGGCCCCCAGCACCAUGAAGAUCAAGAUCAUUGCUCCUCCUGAGCGUAAAUACUCCGUCUGGAUCGGUGGCUCCAUCCUGGCCUCCCUCUCCACCUUCCAGCAGAUGUGGAUCACCAAGCAGGAGUACGAUGAGGCAGGACCCUCCAUCGUCCACAGGAAGUGCUUCUAAACAAACAACCUCUUUCCACAUCUCCACUCUGUCCUUUAGUGUAUAUAAAUGUAUUGUUGUUGUUGUUGUAAUAAAAUGAAGUCUGUU